AUGAAUGGAUCUCACACGGUGGCCUUGGUGAACAAAGAUGCAUAUGAGACAUGUAACACAAGUAACGUUAUCUCAGUCAAGACUCAAAGUCCUGUACGAGUUCCUCUUCAGAAAAUUGGCCAACUUCACUUCAUGUGCACCAUUGAUGGCCAUUGUUCGUCCGGCCUCAAAUUAGCCAUCAAUGUCACUGACGAGUCACCUAUGUUGUCGUCGCCACCAGCUCCCUCGUCAGCCCCAUCAGCUUCAAAUGUCACUCCUUUUGCUACUCUCAUUGUCUCAUCUAGUCUUGCUUUAUUUUUGCUUCUUGUGGGAUUCUAUUGUUAA